AUAUUGAAUCGUAUUUCAAGUCGAAGAAUAUAAGACAUUUUCUUGAAUAAGAGGAGGAAGCAUUGCGGGGUGAAAGUGAUGGCAAUGCCACUGUAGCUCUGAAUGUGAAUAAACGCGUCGAACUAAUUCGGCAUUUGGUUGACUUUAUUGUUGAAAAGUUUGGUUUAAAGCCAUCGACUUAUGUAAAAACUUCAGUUGCAAAAGCAACAAUUAUGGUUUUUCCUCGUUUGGAAUUUAAAAACAGCAAAAUCGGUGGAAUCGACUUGUUACUUAACAAAGGUGACAAAGGCUGGUUUAACAAAAGAUUGAGCUAUCUACGAGAAGUAAACAGACAGCUGGAAAAAAAUGCUUGAAUCGAAGCAAUGCAAAUCAAACAGUAAUUGUUGAUGAUGAAGCGUCACUUGCUGAUGUGGUUUGUUUGAAAUCGUUGAUUGUAUCUGAACAAAAUAUGCAUAUUAUCAUUGAAAAACUGAAUUCAACUCGGGAAUAUCGACAAAACAUGCUGCUUGAUAAGUCAAUUGAUUUGAAGGAACAUUUUCCAUAUUUUUUCACACAUCCGGAUCUGGUAACAUUCAUUUAUUUAAUGUUAAUGAGAUAAACCUUUCAGAAUAGAAACAAAUUAUUCACCGAUUUUGUUGGAAUUUCAACAAGCGUUCCCAACCAUCAAUGCUUCUGCUUUUUUGAACACUUGGUCUUCGGUCAGUCAACAGCUUCGUGAUAUAUUGAUCACAUACUAUAAGCAGAAAAAUUUCAAAACUGAUUGGUCUGAUGAACUUGAAAAUGUAUUGUUGUUACUCAAAAUUUUUCCUGCAAAUCAAGUGGGGCGCCACGCCAUCGCAUCAGCUCCCACAUUCAAAAAAUCGGUUGAUCAAUUCAUCACCUAUGAGCCGUCAAAUGCAGUUCCAAUGCCAGCAAAGAAAGGAUUUCCACAUAUUGUUGCGUGCGGUAAUUCUAUGAAAGACAUCAAUUUGUAUUUUAUACAGCUUGAAAAUAUAGUGUUUCCAGUAAGUUUUGAAAGUCUUUGACAGUUUGACAAGCAACACUUGUUUUGUGCGCUACUCCAUAAAUUCUUCGACAAAAAAUUAAUUUUUCGUGUUUUCAAUAAAUUUUCUUUGAAAAUAUUAAAAAUAAAGUUGUUUUAAGUGAGAAUAUAGUGAAGAUUAACAUUUUCACACAAUUUUUUGCGAUUUUACUAAAAAAUCGGUAUUUUGGUUGCCGGUAGUGUGUCAAAAGUGAAGUUUUUGCGACGUAAUUUGUGCGAAAUUUUCCACCAGUUGACCCGGCGACUUUUAUUGUAACUCAAUUUUGGACUAUUUUCUGGUACGCUGAAAGUGUUUUCCGGAAAAUUCGGACUGAAAUUGCAUUGUUUUCGACAAGUUUUUCCACCUGUUGUUCUAACCUCACUUUGAACUAACUUGUUCAAUGGAACCAAAUAUGACCAAGAAAAAGGGCGGACACGGGGAAGGUUCGAAAGAACGUCCAUUAGGGUCUGCCCUGUCUAAGUCUGGAGCCAGUGCUUCCCAGGCACAGGUUUUAAUGACUUCCUCUUCUUCUUCUGGAGUGGGUGGGGGUUCCUACUCAUCACUUACAGACCCUAAGGCCACCAGCAACCUGAUCACACCGGGGGGCUCGGAGGCCACUGGGUCUGAGGUGAUGGGAGAAAUUCUCAUAAACCAGCCACCAGCAUCUUCAUCGGCAACCAGCGGUCAGAACCUUCCUGGUAGCUUGGGUAAAACCCUUGGAGAUGGUGGUGAAAAGAAGAAGAAGAAGAAGAAGAAGGGUGUCAAAACACCCGCUGAAAGCCAUUCAGCAACAAUAAUACGACGAGAACGUCGUGUACGUAAUAAAGCCCGAGAAAACAUGGAGAAAUCCACUGUGACUACCGGGCUUUGUUCGAAUUCGAUGCCAGAGCUAAGUGGGACUCCACAAUCGUCGUCCACUCCUACCAGAGCUGGACCAUCUGUUGGUACCUCACGGGCUCUGGGUAGGGUGCAACAACAGUCCCUGCCAGACCCAUCGUCGGCAUCGAAAAAGCGUCCUCGCCCACAGGAAGGAACUCCACCAGAGCUGAACGCUCACAAACGGUUGGACGUAAAGGAGACCCCAGAAAAUGUGGCAUCGGGGAAACCCACCUAUGCCCAGGCCCUGGUAGGAUCUUCUCUGGAGAUGGCGGUUGUACAUUCCGUCGGCCAGGACAGUUUGUCCGAAAUAUCGCAUGACUUGUUCACGCAGAUAUUGAAGACAUUAAACGUCAUCAUGGUCGAGGAUGUACGAGCCGGCUCCCAGGCACCAACGUUUGAGAGUACCACCCGCACUCGUGGAGUUGUCAAGAUUGUGUGUGAUGACAAGCGCUCCAGUGAAUGGUUAAUGGGCGUGGCUGGAAGACUGGCUACCAAGCUGGAACUUCCUCUUAUUGUCUGUGAAUUCAGUAAGAUACCACGCCCUCCGCUGUUCACUGGUUUCUUUAAACAGCUUGAGCAUUGGGAAGAUGCGGAGAUCUUGCUGAAAUCAGCAAAUCCCCUACUCGCACCAAUCUCAUUCAAACUCUUAAAUUCGAAAAAGGAGGCAAAUGGCACUCAGUUCACUGUUAGUGUCAGGCCUCGGGACCGGGCCAUUCUCCUCGAGAAAGGCCCAGAGUUCAAGGUGGGAAUGGGUAAAACUCGCCUAUAUGAAAUCACUCGUUCCAAAAAAUCAGACCCUGCUGAAAAGAAAGGGACUGACCACAUGGACGAGGUAGUUAUUUCAUCGGAAUCUGAUUCUGAAUCUGGUUCUGAAAUAAAUACAGAAGCGACGGAUGACCUGGAAGCAAAAUGUGACGAUUCAUAUCGGAACGUUGAUGUGACUGUGGUUGAACGACAAUAUUCUGACACUUAUAUGGAUGAGUUAUCUGAAGAGGGCGGACAGGAACAAGUAGAGAUGUCUACAGAGACUGCUGCCCUAUCGGACACCGCAUCCAACACUUCACAUGGCCCAGAAGCCAUGGAUACUGGGGGAGUUGCGGACGAGCAACGGGAAUCCAGAGGCAUCGACUGAUGCAUCUGGUACCCGAAGCUCUCUGCUUCUCUCACUCUCUGAACUGUAAUUUGAUAUAGCCAUGGCUAAUACAAAUAACAGUUCAUCCACACACGCUGUAUCUACAGCCAGCAACUCAAAUCAAUUGAACGCGCUGGCAUGGAUUAGCAUACAUCAAAUAAAUUUGCAUAAAAGCAAGGCAGCGACUGCACUUGUGUGUAAGUCAAUAUGUGAUAUGCAAACAAAAAAACAAAACUCCAUCUUUUUGAUUCAAGAGCCCUGGGUUGUCAAGAACAAAAUAUGUGGCUUUGACACCGAAAAGAUGAAUUUAUUGUAUUUGAAUCAGUCGAACGAGCCCAAUAGAUCAUGUAUCGUUGCUUCCAAGGAACUGAGCUUGACACUUUUGCCACAGUUCAGUUCACGGGACACCACAGCAGUGAAACUGGGUAAGGGCAGUACUCUUGAUUCAGAUGUGAUACUAAGCUCUUUCUACUUGGCAAACCCUUCGAAUGAAGAUAUUCCAGGAGAGGGACUUAAAGCAUUAUAUGAUUAUUCUAUCAACCGAUCACUUCCAAUAAUAUUGGGGGGUGAUGCAAAUGCGCAUCACACGGUCUGGGGAAGUAGUGACACAAACCGUA